AUGGAAUUAAAAUUUUUUAUCAAUUUUAUUAAUGAAACCUUUAAUGGUUCAUGUAAUAAAUUUUUGUGCACUAUAUCAAAAGACUACAUGUUAUUAUUAACAUCUGAAAUUGGUAGUCAAUAUUUUAAGCUUUGCUGUUGUAGUGUAAAAAUGGAUUAUAUUAUUUCUGUAACUACGGCUACUCCAGGUAAUAAGUCAGAUAGAGCAUAUUAA